AUGCGGGGUUUCUUCGAUUUUGCCCGCACCUAUACCACCGACUCCCUCUCCCAGUUUGUCACCUAUGACUUCCGUAACCAAAUCUACGACAAGCUCCAACACGUCAGUUUUGCCUAUCACGACAAGGAACACACCGGCAACUUGAUGUCCAAGGCCACGGCAGACGUGGAGGCCGUGCGUCGUUUCGUUAAUAUGGGGUUGGUCCGCUCAUCUGAGGUCGUCGUACGCACCCUUGCGGUUACCAGCAUCCUGGUAUGGCUUAACUGGGAGCUGGCUCUCAUCAGCCUGGUGUUCGUGCCUUUCCUGGUGAUGCGGUCAACGAUGGUUAUGGGCCGGUUGCGCCGGAUGUGGCUCCACGUGCAGGAAGUCAACGGCGAACUGGUCACGGCGUUGCAGGAAAACCUGGUGGGCAUACAUGUGGUCAAGGCUUUUGGAUCGGAGGAUUUUGAGCGGCGCAAGUACGACAAAAAGGCCCAGGAACUGCGAGGGGAAUACUAUCAGUCGGAACGGCUGCAGGGUACCAACAGCGCUUGGAUGAGCCUCUACUUCACCUUUGCCCUGGGUCUCAUAGUUUGGUAUGGCGGCUGGGAGAUUAUUCGAGGCGACCUCACUGCCGGUCAACUGACUAUGUUUGUGCUUUACCUGAACCAACUAACGUUUCCGAUACGUUCGGCGGCCCAGAUCAUCAACAGUUUCUCCCGUGCGAUUUCUUCAGGCGGACGAAUCUUUGACGUAUUGGAUGCUGAUUCUCCGGUCGAGGAAAAGCCCAACGCGCGGAUCAUGGGACGGUCAGAGGGACUGGUAAGGUUCGAGGAUGCGUCAUUUGCCUACGAUUCGAGGUCACCGUCCCUCACCAGCGUAAACAUCGAGGCUGAGCCUGGCGAGAUAACGGCAAUUCUGGGCGCGCCUGGCAGCGGUAAGAGCACUAUCGUUAAUCUGCUUCCCCGCUUUUACGACGUUACCGGGGGACGGGUAACUAUUGACGGGCAGGAUAUCAGGGAGGUCACCCUGGAGUCCCUGCGGAGCAAUGUGGGUAUCGUCCAGCAGGAUAUUUUCCUGUUUGACGCCACUAUCCGCGACAAUAUUGCGUACGGUAUCUCCAGCGCCACGGAAGAGGACAUCAUCAAUGCCGCCAAGGUGGCUCAACUCCACGACCAGAUAAUGGCCUUCGCUCAUGGCUACGAUACGUGGGUCGGCGAACGCGGCAGUACGCUGUCUGGCGGCCAGCGGCAGCGCUUGUCCAUUGCCCGCACGGUGCUGGUCGACCCGCCCAUCCUGAUCCUGGACGACUCCACUUCCAGUGUGGAUGUGGAGACUGAAAGGCAGAUUCACCAGGCUAUGGUGAACGUUAUGAAGGGGCGGACGACAUUCGUCAUUGCCCACCGACUCAGCACCGUAAGGGAAGCAGACCAAAUCCUGGUGCUCAAGGAUGGCACAAUAGCCGAGCGCGGCAACCAUCAUGAACUUAUGGCCCAGAGGGGCAUAUACCGAGAUAUUUACGAACUGCAACUGCGGCCUCAGGAAGAAGUAUUACUAGACGCUUCCAUAGCCGGCGGCGACGGAGGUGACAACUAA